ACCAUAGCCUGUGGCAUGGCGUGCAUCGUUCUGCAAACAACGGCAACGAACCGACCCAGAAAAGGAAGGAAAUUAAGGAUGUCCAGGCACCGCCGGCUCUCCACCUCCUCUCCUCGAAGAACAUCAACAUCUCCACAACGUCACAACGCGAACGCAGUCGCACCAUCUGUGAACCAAGCCGCUAACAAGCGCUUCUCGGAUAUCCCUGGGCCUAUAGCCCUGCCUGUUAUGAAGCAUCAUGAACACGUGUUGCCGAGGAUUGGAUGUUUUCAUCAUGCUGUCGGACUUGGCUUGCUAGAUGGACUGAAGGAAAAAUAUGGCAGCUUGGUUCGAUUGGCGAAAGCCUCCAGAAAACGACCAGUAUUAUAUGUUUUUGAUCCGGAAUUAAUGAGAGAGGUCUAUAACAGUAAUGCGACGGAACCGCCGGCGUGGGUCGGAUCGCCGCUGGAAGUACAGAGGAAGAAAAGUGAAUGCCCCAUGCACAGGAAUGAAUCAAAUGCUAUAUGGUCGGCUCUACAUAUUAUUUUACAAGACGGAACUUUACUGAAAAGCUAUGAGAAAGCGUUCGACGAUAUAUCUGAAGAUGCAAUUCGAAGGUUAGGCGAACUCCGGCACGCAGGGAACGCGUUAAACGAAGAAUUAUUAACCGAAGUGUACCGCUGGGCUUUAGAGACCAUCGGUGUUAUGAUCUUUGGUAUGAGACUGGGCUGUCUAAACGGGGCUGUGCAUGUGCCUAGUGAAGAUAACAGAAGACCAGAAAAAACAUCAAUGGACGAUGACAUAAAGGACCUGUGUUCUCUAUCACAACGUUCUAUAGACGAUUUAACAGCAGCGGAACAAUUAGUGCGAUGCUCUUUGGAAAUUGCGGACGAAAAUUAUUUAGUUCGCAGCGAAACUACGCUACGACCAGAUACACAAGGAUUUAAAGAUGCUGUGAAGAACUUUGAUAGGCAUUUUUGUCUCACAGAACAUUUCCUAGCUGAAGCCCAAAGGAAUCUAAAUUCCGGCGAUUUAAAACCAGAGCAGAUUCUUCUCGAUAAACUCAAACCACUUGGUGAUAAGAUGCUACCUCUUGCAGCGGAUGUUUUCCUUGCUGGAGUUGAUCCGCUAGCGCAAACAGCGCUCAACAUGUUCUACCAGCUCUCCCUGCACGCGGCGCAACAACAACGCGCACACGAUGAGAUCACUUGGUCUAAAGCUUCCAAAGACGCUGGUGUGGAAACACAUGAACUGCCAUACAUUAGUGCGUGUGUGAGAGAGGCUUUACGGUUGAAGCCGGUUACCGGAGGUGUGGUUAGACGGAGCGUGGAAGAGUUCGUGGUUGAUGGUUAUGAAGUACCGGCUGGGGUAGACAUAGUGCUCGCACAUGGUGUAUCAAGCAAAACAGAACAAGAGUGGGGCAGAGCCAAGUCGUUCAUACCAGAGCGUUGGUGCAACGAAGGUUGGGCGCCAAUAAAGGCUUCUAGAGCCCAUCCCUUCGCUUCCUUACCUUUUGGCCAAUCCUGCCCAGCAUCAGGAAUCAUCUCCCACAUGCUAUCAGCUCUAGCUACAAGGAUGCUGGAUAAAUACAGACUAGAAUGGCAUGGACCACAGCCAAAAUUGGUCACCAGUGGCGUUAAUAAACUCCAAAAACCAUAUUACUUCGUGCUACAGAACGCUUCGUGAAUUUUCCUUUUACAAUUUUGGAUUUUCGGCUUUUUACACAAGCUCCUUUGGGGCUAGGAAAGAAUUGGGACGCGAUGCAACGUGUUUGUCAUUAAUGUAUUAUUUUGUAACGGUGUUUAUACUGUGUUACAUGGGAAACGCUUUUUAAUGUUUACAUUAUGAAAUAAAUAUAAUAUCGAUAUAUUUUA